AUGAUGCCUUCCACCGCCAACGUCACCCUGUCCAAGCGCCGGCGCUUCCAGCCCCCCAUCACCAGUUUCUUCUCCUCGACGCCCUCCGACUCGACAGACUCGCACGCCUGCCACGUCUCGCAUAACCACUACUCCGCCGCGACCUUCUCAGCCCAUCCCGUGGUCUCGGCAAAAGUCCAAUCCAACCUGCUGAACGUUGGCAUGCGAGUCCGCAAGUCCGUCGCCGAGGGCUACAAAACCGAAUUGAAAAAGUUAUCGGCACCACCACCAGUGAUCUCAGCACCCGAACCACAGAACGUGCGCGUCGUCCGCCCCCACAGCAGCACGAGCUACGCCGAACUCGCUCCAUUCUCUGGCAUCUCCAAACACUCACGAGACAUGCCCAAUGACCGUUCCUACGCCAUCAAUCCAAAUCAAUUUGUCGUCGACGACGACGGAGACGCCUUCUCCCUCCCGCCGAGCAGCCAGGAGUCCACGUCAUCCUACAUCACAUCCUCGAGUCUGAGCCAGAAACGGGCCCUCGAUCCGGACAGCGACAGCGAAUUCGUCGUCAUUAAUGACGACCCUUGUCCUCAGAUCCCGGAUGCAUCCCUAGCACGCCCGAUCCUCUCCCCGGUCGGGGUGCAGCGACGGAAUACGCUUGCCGUGCAGCACCAUCAGAACAUCAUGAAGUCGUCUGCUAUGGACACCGAUGACUUUGAGGAGGCGGUUUUCCUUCGCAGGCGGGAGGAGGUCGAUGCUGAUUAUGUGCAGAUGGACUGCGCUUGA